AUGACGGCCGCUACUCUAACCCCACAUUUCACUUCAGGGACCGUUGGCAUGUUCGGCGGCACCAAGGACGGAAAAGAGGCCUACAUUGACUUCAAGAACAACACCGCCAACAUCAACAAGCCCGAGGAGGUGCCCGUCAAAGUCCAAGACAUGCGGACCAUGAAACCACCGCCCACCUUUGCAAAAAACGGCUACGAGUUCCGCAGCCACGUCACCUCGGUCACGCCCGAACAGCUCGCGCGGGGCAAAGACUCCUCCGAAGCGCGAAAGAUCGUCGACGACAACUACAUGAGCGAAGUGGUCAAGAUCAUCCAAUCCGCUACCGGAGGCGCGGAGGUGAUCCCCAACGGCUUCCGCCUCCGCACGCAGUUCCAAGACGGCAAGGACAUUGUGAAAUCCAAAGUCGCCUACGGAUCCGUCAACGUCGUGCACGUGGACCGGGACCCGGUGAACGCGCACAUGAGGCUCAAGACCAGCAUCGGGGAAGAGAGAGCGGAGCCGCUGCUGGAGAAAUACAAAGGCAAGAAAUGGGCUUCGGUGAACGUGUGGCGGCCCAUUGGCGACACGGUGGGUAAGUGGCCCCUGCUGUUCGUCAACCACGAACGGGUGCCCGAGUGGGAUUACGACACGCACAUGGUGCAUGUCUAUACGAUUAACGACCCUGCUGUGCUGGAGAGGGGGGACAAGGGUCAUGAGACGGUGCUUAGAAAUGACCCCAGAUACACUUACCAUUACGUUAGUAAUGUGACUAUUGAUGAGGUCUUGAUCUUUGCGUCGUUCCACACGGACCCUAAGAUGGUCGUGCCGCACGGGGCCUUUUGGGACGAUAGUUCCCCAGAGGACGCCCCUACGAGGCGGUCGAUUGAGGCUCGAUGCUGGGUGUUCUGGGACGAGGAUGCGUGA